AAUGAUUUAAAACAAUAUUACAACUAUUGAUGGAUCACAAUAUGAAGGUGGUGGAUAGAUGCUUAGAUCAGCUUUAGCUUUAUCUGUCAUUUUCCAAAAGGAAUUCCAAAUAAUAAAUAUUAGAUCCAAUCGUCCUAAUCCAGGAAUUAAUAAUUAACUAUUAAGUCAAAUACAUUUGAUUUGUAAUUUUGUUAAAUCAGAAAUACAAGGAGCUGAGUUAGGAUCAAAACAAAUGAAAUUUAAACCCUUAGAAAAAUUUGUUCCACAAGACCUUAUUUGUAAAGCAACCACUGCUCAAAGUAUUACAUUAAUUUUACAAUCACUUUUACCAAUAUCUCUUAAUUCAUAGAAACCAAUUUAAUUAUCUAUCUAGGGAGGUACAUAUUUAAAUCAUAGUCCAACUAUAUUAGCUUGGAAUAAUAUUUUUUUAAAACUUAUUUAAGAAAUGGGAAUUUAAAUAAAUUUAGAAGUUGUUAAAGAUGGUUAUUAUCCAUAAGGUGGAGGUGAAGUAAGAGCUAUCAUUUAACCUAUCAAUUCAAAACUCAAAUAUUAUGUAAACACUUAGUAUUCAAAAAUUAAUUAAUUAACAUGCACUUAUCUUCUAUCCUCACCUUCUGCAAUUAUGUAAUUUGAUAAUUAGAUAGUCAAUAAUUUAAAAGAGUACUCGGAAAAUAAUAUAUUACCUAUUAAAAGCAAUAUUAAGGUUGUUAAUUCAAAAAAAUUUAAAAAAUGUUAUGGAGUAUCCUUACUUUGUCAUUCAUCUAAAAAUUCUUAUGAUUUUACAACUAUUAAUGAUUCAGACAAAACUAUAGAUGAAACAGUCCAUUAGGUAAUUAACUAAGCUAAAUAAUUUUUAUUAAAUUAAACUUCUUUUGAUGAGCAUCAUUAAGAUUAACUCAUAUUAUUGAUGGCAUUAGCUGAAGGAAAAUCUGAAAUUUUGAUCGGAAAACCAUCAUUACACACUUAUUCUCUUAUAUAUGUGAUUGGAUUAUUCUUACCUGAAUGUAAAAUAGAAUUAAGAGAAACUGAUAGCAAAGAAUAAUUUCUAUUGUCUGUUUAAGGAAUUGGAUAUGUAUUUUGAUA